ACUACUCUAUCCUAAUUCUAAUGACAUGGUACCAUAAUUGCUAACAUAGAAUGUCUCAGUAGAAGAAAACUUGACACAACUUAAUGUGAACACAAGCUAGCCAAUGUUGUUAUUAGCUGAGCUUGGGAACGAACUCCUUUCUCAACCUAAUGGCAUUUCUCUUUGUAACAGUAACUUCUGAACACUGUAUACUGUCCAGUCUAAAAUCCUAAGGAUAUUCUAGGCAUUGGUGGGUAGAAUUUCACUAACUUUUUGUUUAGUGGGUGGAGGGUGGGGGGCAGGAAGCAAGAGAGAGGAGGGGACCAGAAAACUUGAAGUGAAGGAGGAAUGCAGGACAAGGGGAGUUCCUGGCAUCUGGUUAGCAGACACAGCUUCAAGCACCUGUCCAAUUGUCUACAGAUCAAAGGAUUAGUUAAUGGCAUUAAUUUUCACCUGCCAUCAGAACCUUGCUCUCAUCUCUUUCCUGUCUUCCCAAUACAAUUUAACAGGUUGACACUCUGCAUGACUUAUUUCCCAGACAGAACAAAAAAUGCUGAAACUAUAAAUUCUCUCCUGUCCCCAAGACAUGCUAAGGUCUGCUGAGGGUUCUACCAUUUUGAACACUGACCAAAAGAAUAUAGAUUUUUUUUUUUUUUUUUUUUGUCCACUUGAAGAGACUGCUCUUAUAAUGUAUCCUGUUGCUGUUCCUGUGCCUUGUGGAGAAGAAAAUAAGGGACACUGUAGGAAAUUUAUUUUUUUCAUUUUUGUUUUCGGAGUUGUAUUGCUCUGUGCUGGAUUUCUGCUUUUAGUCUUUAUUUUCCAGUCCUGCCCAUCUGGAACCUUCAGUGACUCUAAUGCAGGACUGAAGGCUGUUGGGCUUGUUCUUGCUGUAGCUGGACUAGCUUGUGCCUUGCUGGCACGAUCGAGAGAGAAGUUUCACCUGAGACAGAGGCAGUUGCAAAAUGCACAAAUGCUCAGCCUAACUUCCUCUCAAAGGAGCUGUCAGUCUGCCCACCUCCUUAUCUUUGGAUUUUUGGUUUUAACUAGUGGAAUACUAAUUGGUAUCCUGGGCAUUUGGGUUCCUGGCUGUAGCCCAGAAUGGCAGCACCUGCAACCUAAUCAAACCAUUGCUUCUGAAGUCGGCCACUAGGGCUAUGGAUUUCUCUCUCUCCAAAUCAAGGGCCCUUUUCUGGUGCUGGCUGGAUUAUGUUUGCUUGUGGUAGCUUACACUAAAAGGAAACAGAAUUUAAAUCUUUGCCAAGAAUCCUCUGAAAGUGAAGAACAGCCUCAGAGUCCUGAAACAUUCCAGGCUACUGCAGAUAAUGCUGUAAUGGCAUUGCCACCCCCACCUUAUUUUAUUGAGACUCGAUCACUAAUCAUAGCUGCCAGGAGGACCACUUAUCACCAGGGUGUAAAUGAAAAUCCUCCAUCAUACCACAGUAUUUUUAAUAAUGGAGCACAGCUUGAAGGCAUUAAAAAAACUAUUGCUGUUGGAGAACACGAAUAAAUAUACACAAUUUCUAGAA